AUGACCCUCGCCUCCCUCAUACCAUCGCUUACAUCGCUCAAAGGCCCAGGAGAGUCGAAGCCAACACCCCUCUACACCCCCGAGUCCGUCCCGCGCAUCAAAAACGCCAAACGGCUGAGCACCAUCCGCCGGAAACAGCUUCUCGAGGCUGCGGCGCGAGAAUACGAUGAUCCGCCGCCGCCGCCGGGGCUGGGGGAGUGCUGUGGGAGCUCGUGCGAUCCGUGCGUGAAUGAUCUCUGGCGGGAGGAAUUGGCGUGUUGGAGGGAGAGGUGGGGGGACGACGCUGUUGAAAAGAAAUCAAAGACGGGGGAGGAAGGGAAUAAAGAGCAAGGGUGUGGGCAGCGCAUGCCGGGGAGCUUUGACUGGUAG